CGAGGCGGAAGCGGCGCGGCGCGGCGGUGGCGGCGCAUGCGCAGUGCGCGGUGCCCGGCCAUGCCGAAGGGAGCGCGGCCGGCGGGGGCCAAGCAGGAGGAAUGGAGGGGGGGCGAGGAGGAGCAACCCCUGAAGAAGGGCCGGAAGGACCGAAAGGGCAAAAAAUCCUUUUUCGAGGAGUUGGCCGAGGAGGAGAAGGCGGCGCCGGCCCCGCCCACCCCCGCCCCUGAGAGGGAGGGGCCAGCCCCUGCCCAGGGCUCGCGGCGGAAGCGGGAGCGGCGCAAGGAGGGGCGGCGGCCGCGGGGGGCGGAGCCUGAGCCGGAAGAGGCGGAGCUGAGCCGGCGCCUGCAGGCCCUGGCGGCCGCUGCUGAGGAGGAGGAGGAGGAGGAGGAAGCUCCGGCGUCGCGGAGAGCAGCGAGGAGGAGGAAGGGUGGGAACGUUUUCGCUGCGCUGAGCCGGGAGCAGAGCGAGGAGGAGGAGGAGGAGGAAAAGGAGGAGGAAAAGGAGAAAAAAACAACCAAGGGCAAAAGCAGCAAGGAGGAAGAGGAGGCUGAGAAGAGAAAGAAAAAGAAAAAUGCCAAGAAGGAAAAUCCCAAAGAGAAGCUGCAGAACAAGUUCGGGGCCCUGAGGGACGAGGAGGAAGAGGAGGAGGAAGAGGAGGAGGAGGAGGAAGAGGAAGGAGCCCGGAAGGGGAGCGACAACGAGGAGGAGGAGGAGGGGGCGGGGCCGCGGGCGGGGCCGGACGCCCGAGUCAGCAAAAAGGAGAAGAAGAAGAUGAAGAAGCAGGCGGAGUUCCAGCGCCAGGUGGCGUCGCUGCGCGCGGCCGCGGCCUCGGGGGACGGCGACUUCGCCGUGUCGCAGGCGGAGCUGUCCUCGCGCCAGGCCAUGCUGGAGAACGCCUCCGACAUCAAGCUGGAGAAGUUCAGCAUUUCUGCCCACGGGAAGGAUCUCUACGUCAACGCCGACCUCUUCAUCGUGGCCGGGCGCCGCUACGGCCUGGUGGGGCCCAACGGGAAGGGGAAGACGACGCUGCUGAAGCACAUCGCCAACCGCGCCCUGAGCAUCCCCCCCAACAUCGACGUGCUGCUCUGCGAGCAAGAGGUACACGCAGACGACACGCCAGCCGUGCAUGCGGUGCUGCGCGCAGACACGCAGCGCCUGCGGCUGCUGGAGGAGGAGCGGCACCUGCAGCGGCUGCUGGACAGCGGCGACGACAGCGCCGCCCAGAGGCUGGAGAAGGUGUACGAGGAGCUGCGCGCCAUCGGCGCCGCCGCGGCCGAGGCCAAAGCGCGGCGGAUCCUGGCCGGGCUCGGCUUCACCCCCGAGAUGCAGAACCGCGCCACGCGCAAGUUCUCGGGGGGCUGGAGGAUGAGGGUGUCCCUCGCCAGGGCGCUGUUCCUGGAGCCGACGCUGCUGCUGUUGGAUGAGCCGACGAACCACCUGGACCUGAACGCCGUCAUCUGGCUCAACAACUACCUGCAGGGCUGGAAGAAGACGCUGCUGGUGGUGUCCCACGACCAGGGAUUCCUGGACGACGUCUGCACCGACAUCAUCCACCUGGACUCGCAGCGCCUGCACUACUACCGCGGCAACUACAUGACCUUCAAGAAGAUGUACCAGCAGAAGCAGAAGGAGCUGAUGAAGCAGUUCGAGAAGCAGGAGAAGAAACUGCGGGACCUCAAAGCCGGCGGGAAAUCCACCAAGCAGGCGGAGAAGCAGACGAAGGAGGCGCUGACCCGCAAGCAGCAGAAGUGCCGCCGCCGGGCGCCCUCCGAGGCCGCGGCCGAAGCUCCGGAGCUGCUGCGGCGGCCCCGCGAAUAUUCCGUGCGCUUCACCUUCCCCAACCCGCCCCCGCUGAGCCCCCCCAUCCUCGGCCUGCACGGCGUGGAUUUCGGCUACGAGGGCCAGGAGCUGCUGUUCCGCAACCUGGACUUCGGCAUCGACAUGGAAUCCCGAGUUUGCAUCGUGGGCCCCAACGGGGUCGGGAAGAGCACCCUGCUGCAGCUGCUCACCGGGGCGCUGACGCCGCUCCGGGGGCAGAUGAGGCGGAACCAUCGGCUGAAGGUGGGGUUCUUUAACCAGCAGGCGGCCGAGCAGCUGCGGCUGGAGGAGACGGCGGCCGAGUUCCUGCAGCGCAGCUUCAACCUGGCGCACCAGGACGCGCGGCGCUGCCUCGGCCGCUUCGGCCUCGAGGGCCACGCCCACACGCUGCAGAUCGCCAAGCUCUCAGGUGGGCAGAAGGCGCGGGUGGUGUUUGCCGAGCUGGCGUGCCGCGAGCCCGACGUGCUGAUCCUGGACGAGCCCACGAAUAACCUGGACAUCGAGUCCAUCGACGCCUUGGCCGACGCCAUCAACGAGUACAAAGGAGCGGUGAUCGUGGUGAGCCACGACGCGCGGCUGAUCACCGAGACCGGCUGCCAGCUGUGGGUGGUGGAGGAGCAGGGCCUGAGCCAGAUCGACGGCGACUUCCACGACUACAAGCGCGAGGUGCUGGAGGCCCUGGGAGAGGUGGUGGCGGCCCGGCCCCGCGAGUGACCCCCGGAGCGACCAGAGUGACCCUCAGAGUGACCACAGUGACCCCCGGAGUGACCACAGUGACCCCUGGAGUGACCAGAGUGACCGUCAGAGUGACCACAGUGACCCCCGGAGCGACCAGAGUGACCCUCAGAGUGACCACAGUGAUCCCCGGAGUGACCACAGUGACCAUCAGAGUGGCUGUGGUCACUGCGGUGACUGUGGUGACCAUCAGAGUGACCACAGUGACCACAGUGACCAUUGGAGUGACUGUGGUGACCACACUGGCCGCAGUGACCAUUGCAGUGACCACAGUGACCGCAGUGACCAUCAGAGUGACCAAACUGGCCGCAGUGACCACUGCAGUGACCACAGUGACCAUCAGAGUGGCUGUGGUCACUGGGGUGACUGUGGUGACCAUCGGAGUGACCGCAGUGACCACAGUGACCAUUGGAGUGACCGCAGUGACCAUCAGAGUGACCACACUGGCCGCAGUGACCGCUGCAGUGGCCGUGGUGACCUUUGGAGUGACCGCAGUGACCGCAGUGACCGCAGUGACCGCUGCAGUGGCCGCGCUGACCAGCGUGGGGCGCUCUGGUCCCUGCAGUGUCCAGUCGGGGGCGCCGCGGACAAGGGGAGGAAUAAACGGUGGUGGCGCAA